ACUCUCUAUCUACUUGUCCUAUUCUUUUAAUCCUUUUUUCUUUUUUAACAAUAAAGAUAAUCAAAGAAAAAUAGUAUAUGCACUAAAUAUGGAGUAUCUUGAUAAUGAAUUCAACUAUUGAAGCAGCAGACUCAGUUGCUGGCUACCACAACUCUAAAUAGUACUACUUCUGUAUAUAAAAGUACUGUAGUAGUUGAUGAUAGCUAUGCUACCAGAGUAGUAUUUAUGAAUUAAUCCAAGUACUACUCUCUUUUCUUUUUUUUUUUGAUUUCCAAUGAAAAUAUAAAUAUGAGUGAUCCAUCUUACCACAAUUCCAAUAAUAUGUUUACUAGAUGGUUCAAUUUCAUCCCUCUUCAUCAUCCAGAUCCUUAUCUCUUUGAUACCACCACCAGCGCCGCGGCCAGUAAUAAUAGUAAUAGUAAUAGUAAUAGUAACAAUAAUACUACUACUACUCCUGGUAAUGUUGGCUUAGACUUGAAUUCUAGUAUUACAAAUGAAGUAAUCUUCAAUAACACCAACUAUCAUCAUUAUCAUCCAGAAAAAGAGGCACUUCCUCUUAUCAACACCCUAAUUGAGCCUACAACAUCAGACCACCACCACCAUCACCACCACCAUCAUCAUCAUCAUCGUUGUCAUGGCAAGCAUCAGCUGCAAGAACAACAGAUGAUUAUCACUCACGGUAAGAAUAAUACACAGAGCCCUAACUUCUCAACGAAUAGUACUACUGAUGAUGAUGAGAGUUUGACAGUAGCACUUCACAUAGGGCUUCCUACUCAACCCUCUUAUGCAGAUGCAUAUGUAGAUCAAAUAGAAGAUGGUUCAUCUGCAGAUAUGGCUUCAGGGGUCGUCUACCCUAGUUCAGAUGCCGAAGCCGAUGCCGAUGCUGAUGCUGAUGAUGGUCAUCCUUUACCUAUAAAGCUACCCAGUUUAGGCAGGACCACAGAAACUCAAAUUGAAGUUCAAGUCCAAGGUGAAGGUAGCCUGCAAUAUUGGAUACCUACCCCUUCUCAGAUACUCAUUGGUCCUACACAGUUUUCUUGCCCUCUUUGUUCCAAGACCUUCAACAGAUAUAACAAUCUUCAGAUGCACAUGUGGGGCCAUGGUUCUCAAUAUAGAAGAGGGCCAGAAUCAUUGAAGGGCACCCAACCAACUCCCAUGUUAAGAAUACCAUGCUACUGUUGUGCACCUGGAUGCAAGCACAACAUAGAGCAUCCACGAUCACGGCCUCUCAAGGAUUUUCGAACCCUUCAAACACACUACAAAAGAAAGCAUGGUGUCAAACCUUUUAUGUGCAGGAAAUGUGGAAAGGCUUUUGCUGUAAAAGGCGAUUGGAGGACGCACGAAAAGAAUUGUGGAAGAGUAUGGUAUUGCGUUUGUGGCUCUGAUUUUAAGCACAAGAGAUCUCUAAAAGAUCACAUUAAGGCUUUUGGUCAUGGUCAUUUUGCAUUUGGCGCUACUCAUGGGUUGGGUGAAUGCUUCGAUGAUCCUCAUGCAUCAGAUGCUGAUUCUAACUUAUGAUCGAUAUUUAUCUACUUCACCUUAAUUAAUGUUGUUGAUGUCUCAGUCUGCAACCAAAAAGAUAUAUGAAAUUUAAUUGUCAUCAGUUUAUCAUCUUCCAUCAAUGUUAAUUGAUCUUGUGCAUGCAUAUGUUGUAUAAUAACUUAUAUACAUAUAUUUGCUUCCCUUUACUCUCUAUAUAUAUGAAUAUGACUAUAUUUUCCUA